UCUCUCGGUCUCUCUUCCAACUCAUGGCGUCAAAGCUUAUGCAUGCGGUUCAGUAUGACAGCUAUGGCGGAGGAACUUCUGGUUUAAAGCAUGCGGAGGUUCCGAUCCCCUCUCCGAAGAAAGGAGAGGUUUUGUUGAAACUGGAAGCAGCUGCUCUAAACCCAGCUGAUUGGAAAAUUCAGAAAGGCAUGUUUCGGCCCUUAUUACCCCGAAAAAUUCCUCACACACCUGCUACGGAUGUGGCUGGAGAGGUUGUAGAGGUUGGACAAGGCGUGCAAAAGUUCAAACUGGGGGACAAAGUUGUGGCAUUUCUGAUCCAUGCUAAUGGAGGUGGACUGGCUGAGUACGCUACAGCUAGUGAGAACUUAACAGUAGCCAGGCCACCUGAAGUAUCAGCAGUUGAAGGUGCAGGCUUACCUGUUGCUGGCAUUACAGCUCACCAAAGUCUCACGCAAGCUGCUGGGGUCAAGCUGGACGGAAGCGGCCAGCAAAAGAACAUAUUGAUUACUGCUGCCUCUGGGGGCGUGGGUCAGUAUGCAGUCCAACUAGCAAAGCUCGGUAACACGCAUGUUACAGCCACUUGUGGAGUUCGUAACAUUGAAUUUGUCAAGAGCUUAGGGGCAGAUGAGGUUCUUGACUACAAGACCCCAGAAGGAGCAGCUCUGACUAGCCCAUCUGGUCGGAAAUAUGAUGCUGUGGUCCACUGCACAACCGGCAUCCCCUGGUCAACUUUUGAGCCUAAUUUGAGCGCCAAUGGGAAGGUCAUAGACAUCACUCCUGGUCCAAGUGCUUUUGCUACUUUUGCUCUGAAGAAACUGACAUUCUCGAAGAAGCAGCUGGUGCCACUGCUUAUGAAUGCCAAGGCGGAGAACUUGGAGUAUCUUGUUAAGUUAGUGAAGGAAGGAAAGCUCAAGACAGUGAUUGACUCGACGCACCCUCUUAGCAAGGCUGAAGAUGCUUGGGCUAGGUGUGUAGAUGGACACGCGACUGGAAAGAUUAUUGUCGAGGUUAAGUAAACAAAAUAUAGGGUGAUACUAUUCACACACUCUUUAUUUAUUUACAUCAUUCGAUCAUCUUCAAUUCAUUAGAUCCGGCAGUCGGAAAUUGAGUAAGAUGUGUGAAUGGUAAAUAAAGAGGUGUGGUUAUCACAAUCCAUGACAUACAAGUCCUUAAUGUUUUUAUAGCGGUAUGUAAACUUCAUUUGUGCUUUAUGAUAUCUCCCCUUGAUGUGUGGGUGUUUGUUUUGUAAAUGAUAAGGUUUGGAUUUAAAUAAUGUUCAUUUUAUUGUUAA